GAGCCACAGUAUCGUAUCUCAAACACAGCUCAGCCUGAGAGAGUAGAGUCUCGGCUCCAUUAAACUCUGCUGCUCAACAGAAGCUGCUGGUUCACUCUCGCUUUUCAGGCACAGCUCUCUCUCUCUUUCUCUCUCUCUCGUUCUCUCUCCUCUGCUCAGCUCAAGACCGUCACUGCUGCGCAGGCUGUUGAAAGAUCAACACUCUGUUACCAAAAUGGAGUCCCCCCUGACAGAAUUUGCCACAUUGCUGCCCAAUCGAUCCACGGAGAGCUGCCCACCUGUGGACAGUACAGUGGAGAACACGAUUUUUGGAUUGUACUACAUUAUAAUUUUCCUUCUGGCACUGAACGGCAAUAGCCUUGCCCUGUGGAUCUUCGCCCGCCAGAGAAGCAACUCUUCUCCAGCCAAUGUCUUCCUGCUUCAUCUUGCUGUGGCUGACCUGUUUUACAUCUUCGUUUUACCCCUCAGAGCCACUUAUCAUUUAACUGGGGGACAUUGGCCGUUUGGUGAAAUUCCCUGCCGUCUUGCAGGCUUCUUCUUUUACGUCAACAUGUAUGCCAGUUUGUACUUCCUAGCCUGUGUUGCAGGUGAUAGAUACCUUGCUGUGGUACAUGCUGUACGUUCCCUCAAGGUCAGGCGCCCUCGUUACGCUCACAUUGCCAGUUUUGCCCUAUGGGCUUUGGUGAUAGUGUCUAUGGCGCCCCUACUGGUCACCAAGCAGACUGCAGAAUUCAACGGCUCUACCAUAUGCUUGCAACUGUACAGAGAAAAGGCCUCACGGCAUGCUCUCGUCUCUCUCGCUGUAGCCUUCAUGCCACCUUUCAUUGCCACGCUUUCUUGCUACCUGUUGAUAGUGAACAGUCUGCGGAAAGGUUCAAGGCUGGAGCCAGCACUUAAACUCCGAGCUCUCCGCACCAUUGGUCUGGUCAUGCUCAUCUACAUAGUGUGCUUUCUGCCCUAUCAUUUAAGCCGUGCAACCUUCAUCCUAGGUUACGGACACCCAGACUUAUCCUGUCAAAUUAAACGAGGACUAGCCCUGGCUAACCGACUUACAUCCUCCCUAACCUGCCUGAAUGGGGCUUUGGAUCCUCUGGUCUACCUGUUUGCUGCGGAGAAGUUCAGGGAAAGCGUUCGCAGGCUUUUUUGCAGAGAUCAGUCAGGGGGGUCCGGCGCUAUAAGCGGGGACCUGAAAGGUACACAUGAGAGCUCUCUGACCGCAAAGUCUGAGUUCUUAUGAAAAUCUUAAAAAUGGCAUGGACAUUUUUCAUUGGAUUUAGUGAUUUGGCCUAUCCACUUCUUCAGUGUACGGUCAAUUAAAGAUAGGGAACUCUAAACAGCCUUAUGUCAAAAAACCAAGUCUGUGUUUUGGGGGGGUUAAAGCAAUUGUAUGUAAAUUUAAAGAUCAGUUACAACAUCACUCUGUUACACUGACUUCUAAUAAGGCGAAUGGCUUUUGCUUUCACCCAAACAUCUGCUCUAGGAAUAUUUAAGUUGCAGAGUGGAUAUAAAGUCGGGUUGAUUUAAGGCAACAACAAAUGCAUGUACACAGCUAUCCGCUGUAAUUACUACAGCGAUAUGUUUGUGAUGAAUGAUUUUGAGGAUAAGAAUUUUCAUGUAUUAAUCGCUUUUCAUAAUCGCUCUUUGAUGUCCCCCUGGUGGCUGGCUGCAGUACAGGUCAUAAACCCCGCCCUCUCCAUGUAGACGAAAGGAACUUGGGGUCAAAUUAAAAAAUAAAAAUUUACACUUCCAAUACAAAAAGAUGGUUUUGGUAAUUUAAGGUAGUUAUCGCGCUGAAACGUUCAAUUGUAAAUUUUUGUGAUAAGUUUGAUUUUAGCUAGUAAUUUGAUGCUAUAAAAAUGGGGCAUUGUUAUGGUAGAUUGGGUCUGCAGGAGUUUGGGCGGGAGUUUGAUACCGAGACUCGACGACACUACUGCGCAGACUCUGGCUCCAAAUUACAACAUUUACUCAAGAUGGCCGUACUUGGAUGCUUUGGCUCCACUUUUCUAUAAUGGAAGGAAGUAGAAACACGUCGUUCCAUCUUUUUUAACAGUCUAUGGCCGUGAGUAUGUAAGCAAGGGUUGCCAGGUUUUCAUAUCAAAAUCCAACCAAUUGCUACCCAAAACUAGCCCAAUCGCGUUCCAGGGGGGAAAUAAACCCAAGUUUUCGCAUUCCAUAUUUAGUGGUUAUCAUUCCAUAGUUAUCAGACUAUCAAUAAUAUCAUGUUAUUAGGGUCACUUCAACCAGCUCUUGUACAUUACGUAUGCACGAGUGCGAGCAUUAGCAAAUAAGUUUGCUGGCUGCAGUUCACUUAACAGCCACCGAUUCUCUCUCAUCGAUAAUAAAACAAAGGUUUCUGAAUUGUACAUAUUGCUUAUUUAAUUGCAAAUGGCUCAAAAUACACAAAACUACAUACAGUUGCUUUAAAGCUAAAGACUGUAGGCUAUAAGUGACUGUUAAAUAUCAGUCAGUUGCCAGAACACAUUGGACAGGGACUAAAUACUCCAUUAAGGCUCAAGAAGACAUAAAUUGUGCCUAAGACUGUGUCCUGCCUUUUAAAAUGUAUAUUGUGUUUUUUUUAUUAGCAUAUUACCUGUUUGCUAAUGACGUGCUUUGACUGUACAUUUUGUAAGAACUUCGUUUCCUAAUGAAAUCAGUGUAAAACUAAAGAUUUUCAUACUCAGUGUAAAAACUACGUAUAUAAUCAUGUUUAAUGGUGGGAUUUUCUGGUUAUUGCACUCUCAAGCUGUGGUAAGAAUGUGUGAAGGUUAACAAACCAUUGAGGAGUCAAUAUGAAUACUACUUUAAUUUUUUUAAUUCCUUGAUGGCUUUUUGAUAAUAUUUGUUAUUAAGACUAUUUAGAUACAUGUGCACUUAACACUAUAUAGUCACUUAAUAUUAUUAAUUAUACCUUUUAUUGUACAAGUACAGAUUUUUUGGUGACAUAGCACUGGUUUAGUUUUCGCUUCUUGUAAUCAAGCUGUAUCAUUACUAAUAUUAUUUUAACUGGUAUACAUGUAUUUUAUUAAGU